UGGCCUGGCAAUUUCCACAACAGUUGCUAACGAUAGAACUUCCACCGCUUGCAGUAACCUAAGAAUAUACAGUUCACUGACACAGCUGUUUGACACAUUCAAGUUCGAGUGCCUUUGAUGAACCGUUCACUUGAAGAGCUCCUGGUAAAUACUGUCUCACGAAAAUCUUUCGUCAUGUCACAAAAACCGCGACCAAAGCGGCGAUUGUCUAACACACCAAAGUUUGCAGAGGAAACUUGUUAUUUUAAAAUGCUGCGAAAAACCAAGGAAAAGGCAGCAAAGCAGAAAGCUGACCAACUCAAAGAGGCAGAGCUGCUUGUGAGCAAGGAUUCGCCUACCUCCCGACGCCGAGGGAAGAUGCUUCAAAAAACUGCAGAAAAUAUAGAGAAAGAAGCGCUGGAGGAAUUUCAGUCCACAUUCAACGCACAUUUAGCGCAUCAAGCUGAAGUUACUUGCUAUGGUUAUGCUGCCAAUUCGCAUUCGAGUUUUGCCUCGUAAACUCUUAAGCGUGCUAAAUAAGUUUCAUAUCUACAAGUAAUUGCCGGAUCCAGGCGACGGAGCUAUGUUUUUUUAUUGUCAAUGUUUAAAAAGGAAAGCAUUUAUAAGAAAACCAGGUAUGGCAAUUAUUCCUGUAAUAAUUUGCAUUUGUCGACGUAUGCUAAAUUAGAGUAAGGUUUUCUUUACAUUUCAUCCAGAUUUUUGCACCCUAACUAGCCUUCUUUGAGGAUUUGAAAAGAGUCAUUUAGAGACUCAAUACAGUUUCGAGUUGAUGCAAUACAAUACUGUUGUUAUUCCUGGAGAGGUCGUUUUACCUCAUGAUUCAUAAUGGCAAUAUGUCGGAAGAAUUACACGACAAAUAAAGGAGGGCACGAAAGUACUUGGCUA